CAACGAAAAAAUUGAUUUCAGAUAAAAUGUCUGAGCCUCACAAGCUCAAGGUUGGACAAUCCGACCUUCUCUGCAGAGCUGGAUGUGGUUUCUACGGUAAUCCUGAAUGGAAUUGGUUCUGUUCUCAAUGCUGGAGAAAACAGAACUCCAACGUCCAAACCUACUCCUUCGAUACAUUCGGCGGACAGAGUCCAGCCGUGGACCCGAAUCAUCCUACUGGAUCGACGAGUGGUGAGAGUAGUCACAAUUAUACACCUGGGCCCAGUGCUGCUAGUCAGUCCCUACCGGCUAGUCUUAAUAAGGAGCGUGGUUCCCCGUUCUACUCUAUGCUCGGCAGAUCUCCCGGAAAUGACCGGAAGUUGAAACUACCAUCUCCGCAACAUGUGGCUGCUGGGAUCACUAAUAAGGUGAAUCAGACUAAGCGUCUACACUCACAAACCCUAGACAGAGGAUCUUCUAAUAUCAGACAAAUAUUCAAGAAAAAUACAAAGAAAGAUGAGAAGCAGGACAGGGUUGAGACAAUGUCUCCUGAAGCAAGAGCAAUCAGUAAAGAAUUUGGAGAAUACCUUAACAUUAGAACAAGGAAAACUGGAAUGACAGAUCUAUCCAGGAAUAUUCAGAAUUUUGUGGACAAGAUAAAUAAGAGAAUGGAAACUCAUCCAAUAGAGGAAGUAGCCGCCAUGUUUCAAACAUUUUAUCAGGCAUUGACGAAGAGGUUGGAGACCCAUGAGAACUUUCAGGGACUAUCUCAGGAUGAAAUACAGACGAUUUCAGAUUAUACAGAAAGGUACGUGAUGGUGUGCCUGUACAAGCUUCUCUUUUCCCCUGCCUCUACUGGUGACGAGGAGAAGGAUCUAGAAAUUCAAUCAAAAAUCAGAUCUCUGAACUGGGUGACAGGGGCUCAUUUAGAGUGUCCUUUUGAGGACACAGAUCCAGGAAUACGGGAUCUUAUAUUUACAGCUAUAAAUCAUGUACUAGAGGUUGACGGCAUGAAGGCUCCCCAAGAUAAACUUCGUUGUAUUGUUGCGUGUGCAAAGACGAUAUUUGAAAUCCUUGGAACUGACGGGAAGGGUCCGGCCAGCGCCGACGAUUUUCUUCCUGCCCUCAUCUAUAUUCUUCUCAAGGCUAACCCGCCUCGUGUGACCUCAAACAUCAACUAUAUCACGAGGUUUAGCAACGAGUCCAGGCUCAUGUCAGGGGAGGAGGGAUACUACUUUACUAAUCUGUGUUGCGCCAUAUCAUUUAUUGAGAACUUAGAAGCAGAAAGCUUGAAUCUUCCUGUACACGAGUUCAAGCAGUACAUGUCAGGUGAAUCUAUUCCUCCCGGCUCCUGGCAGACUAAUUUGAUUAUGUGUGAAGGAAUUCAAGCUAUGACGCAAAACCUGAAGACACUAACUGAGCUGACCGAACUCCAGGAGAAUAUCCUAGCAGACGCAAACACUCUACAGAAGGAGAUGAAGGAGUGGGAGCACAGUCUCAGGGUGGAGGUGGAGUCAGUUCUAGCUAGAACCCAGUAUUCAAUCAGGAAUCCUAAAACCUUGGUUUCUGUCGAUAGUGAGGUAUCAGAGGAACUUGCUCUGCCUCCCCCUCUUCUUCCUCUUCCUUUUUCUCAUCAUGAUCUUCCCCCUCCUCUUCUUCCUCGAGUAGUUCAACAGAAAUCAGAUCUUGAUGUUGGAAAUUCCGCAAGUAGGUCAACUUUUGAUCUCGACCUGGAUCCGUUUGGUGAAAAAAUUCCCGGUGUUCCACAAGGUCGAAGCUUAAUGGACGAAACACCGACAGAGUCUCUUCCAUGUCCCCUACUCCCUGUCUCCGAGGGUACCCGGAGCACUGAACCUCGACCACCCUCUCUCUCCAGCUAUAUUGGGUUCUCAGCACAAGCAUUUAAUAUUCCCAGCAUCUCCUGCAGUACUGCUGAGACAGACGUGUUCCAGGGUACCUCCCCACUCCACUCCCCAGCAAUUUCCCCCCUUCCUCCCCCCUCAACAUGUUCCAGCUUUACACCUUCCAGCUCAGAGUCCCCUGUCACUCCAACCUCUGGUUCACCUCUCCCUUUCUCAGAGUCCCCUCUUCAAUCCCCUUUCCAAUAAAUCCAACCCACCUCAGUUCCUAUAUCCCCUUGG